CCCUGCACGGCACGCCGUCAAUCGUUCGCUGCGUUCCUCUUCCGUCAUCACCAACUGCAUCACGAAGCACUAGUAGCUUUCACUGAGUUCACCGAUUCAUAAGUUUGCAAGCGUGCGCUACUUAGCUUGAAGUAAAUCGUACAGCUUUAGCGUCCCACUUUUUUUGGUAUUAUAAAGAUAGUAAGCACAAUAUAAAGACCGAAAAACGCGUAGUUACAACAGCUUACUGAAGUCCAGAGACGCGCUCAGCGAGUUGACGUUGUUCACGUAACUGUAUACAGGCGUAGAGGUUGAAACAGGUUCCGGUCAACGUUGCCACCGCUCCAACAGCUAUGGCAUCUUCUGUCAUCAUGCUACUUCUCGUCAGCAUCGCAUUGUGCUCGCGGCUCAACGAGGUUCGUGGUGACGAGUCGGGUGGCCGCGCUGCUGCUUCGUCGUCGUCAUCGUCCAAGGGGGCACGGACGCUGGACAAGAUAAACGCUGGAGAGUACAUCCGCGGACUGAGCGGCCGUCACCUCGACAAAAUCAGCGGCGGCGAGUUGCUGCGCUCUGCUGCCGACGAUGCCGAGCUCCUUCGGUCGCUGGUGCUGCCGUACGCUCUGCGAGGACUCUCUUCUUCGUCGCUCGGCUCCGGUCCUCGCCGCGGAUUGGACAAGAUUGGCGGCGGCGAGUACAUUCGCGCCACGGGCGCUUUCCCACCUGGCUCUCGUCCGGCCAAAAGGCAAGCACCGUUCGACUCCUUAAGCGGUUUGACCUUCGGCGGCGACCAGGCGGGGCUGCACAAGCGGGGCUAUGGCCACGGCGAGUUCGACGAGAUCGACCACGCCGGGUGGCCGGGCUUCUACAAGCGAAACUUCGACGAGAUCGACAGGAAUGGAUUCGAAGGCUUCAACAAGCGAAACUUCGACGAGAUCGAUAGAACCGGAUUCGAGGGAUUCUACAAACGUUCGGCUGCCCGGAAAAAAUAAGCGUUGCGUGUACGUUACAAGUACGGGUCCUGCCGUCUCACCGCCCUUCCAUCCGAACCGCGACAAUCCCUGCCGACACCGACACCUCUGCAUUAGUUUGACGUCCUUCGAUUGCGAAUGUUAAAAUUUCUAGAUUCCGGCCGAAAGUUAGGUAGAUUCUAACCAUACGAGCUCACUAGCGAAAAAUUUAUGAGUUUAGCAAUUACGACCUGUGGUAGUGAAGUUCUGUGGCAUAAUUUUCAUUAGGUGGUCAUGCUUAUGUCCUUCGACGCAGGUCGACGCAGGUCGUUGUACAAGUUAUGUAACAAAAGAGCGCUUAUAUAGCGCACGUUGUUUCUGUCAACCAUCAGCCGUGUUCUGAUCUGCCCGUGGAAAACUCGGUCGUGUGUUCUUAGUAGUCCGAAAUGAUCUCAAAGAUUAGCAUGCCUUUCGAGAUAUCUCUGGCUGAUUGAGUUUUGAGGACAUGCUUAAGUAUAACAAAUUCUGAAAAUGUAUGGAGAAACGAGCGCUGCGCGUGAAAGCGAACGUGUUGAAUGUCAUGUGCGCAUAUGAGGCUCGCGUUUUAUGCAGAACCUUUAGAAGCUCAAGGAAAGAGUUUGCGGAUAAAAAAAGUGGUGCAAUAUUUUUUGCUCAGAGAGCGCUCGUCUGCCACCAUGCAAAUAAAGAUUGUUGAACUUUU